AUGUCCCCGGGAAACCAGCCUGCUCAUUUGCGAGAAUUUAUUUUUGACAUGAUCGAGAAAGAUUGGCUUCAGCCAACCAUUGUAACUUAUGAUAACUAUCUUACGGCUUUGUUGGCUAAUGGAGAAAUUGAGCGAGGCAUUGAUUUCAUAGACAUUUUGAAACGUAAGGGAAUUCAACCAACAGUCACAAUGUAUGAGAACUUGAUGAAAAAAAUAUGUUAUUUUGAAUGGCCUGAAGAAGCAUUUGCUUUACUGAAGAAGAUGGAAGCUGAAAAUUUGCCGACAUAUUCAUCAAUGUAUUAUGAUGUUUUAAGAUGUUCCGCGGAUCAAUAUUACCUUGAUGGUCUAAUAUAUUGUUGGGAAAAAAUCAUCGAAGAACGUUAUUUAGAUCUUGAUGAAGGUGCUUGUAUAGACGUUCUCCAUGUAGCUGCAAGGUUUGGAAAACCACACCUUGCGGCACAGGUACUCGUAUAUUUGACUGAAAAUCGCAAGGUGCCCCUCGAUAAAUGGCAUUUGGAACCAUUAUUGGAAGCCUUCAUUAAUGACAAUGACAUUAAACAAGCUAUGGACAUGCUGUCGGUAAUGGCUGCGGCUGGAGUUAAGCCAAAUAGUAAGACUGCACUUCCGAUUGUAGCUGCCAUCUCUAAAAACGUUGAAUCCAUUGACAAAGCAUAUUACAGUCUAGAAGAACUUGUUAAAGAUGGUAAAAAGGUUGACGUGUUGGCUUUGAAUACCAUAAUUAAUUCAUGCCGCUUUGUUAACGGAUCUGGGAAUAAAUUUGGGAAUCGAACCAAGCCGGAUAUACAUCGUGCCGUAGAGACAUACAAGUCAGCAGAAAAAUUAGGAGUUAAACCAGAUGUUCAUACAUUUAAUGCGCUAUUGGGAGUAUGUUUUUCGGCACAACAUCGUGAACUAGGACAACAGUUCUGGACUGAAAUGCAACGUGCGGGCAUACAACCUGAUAGUGAGUCGUAUCGUCGUAUGAUAUACCUAUGUUGUAGUACAGAUUAUGAUUACGAGGAUGCAUUUGUUUACCUGGAAGAGAUGAAGGCACAAAAUAUUUUACCAUCAUCUACUAUUUAUGAAAAAAUUAUUAAAACAUGUGUCAAUCAUAAUGAUUCAAGGGCAAAGUUGGCUUUGGAAGAAAUGAAAAGCUUUGGAUAUACGAUACCCAAAGAUAUUCGUAUUUUGUUUGAAAAUAAUGGUGUUAAUAGAACGGAAUCGAAUCGAGAGACAGGGAAUGCUAACAGUUCGUUUCAAAAAACCAUAGCAUCCCAGGACUUUGAUUUCGAUUUUCGGUCGGGAAUGAAUGAUCGGUUUAAUAAAAGUAAAACGAACGAUGAAAAUAGAUUAGAUUCGGACACACUAUUUGGAUCAAAUAAUGAAUUGAAUGAUUUGGACAGUUUCUUAACUGUAUUAUGGUAA